ACCACCGGGACCAACGGAGAGGGAGAGGGGGAGAGGGGAACUGGGCAGGACGAAGCUGCCGCCGCCAUGGAUCGGGAGCUGGAGGAGGCGAACUGCAAGUUCGCGUGGCUCAAGCUCGCCUGCGCGGAGGACGAGCUCGACUCCUGCGCUACCCUGCUCUCGGAGCUCAAGGUUCUCCUCACAAAGUUUCCUAGCAUGCCACCAUCAUUUGAGAGGACACCUAAUGCAGUUGCGGAGCUGAGACUCGCAAGGGCCAUAUACGAGUUUGCUGUUAUCUUCAGCAUCAAAGUUAAGGACCAAGAUGCAUUUGAGAGGAACUUCUUCCAACUAAAAGUUUUCUACAUGGAUACAAGAGGCAUACUCCCACCAUCACCAGAAGAAUAUCGAAUUUUGGGGCUUAAUCUUAUGAGGCUGUUGGCUGAGAACAGAGUAGCUGAAUUCCACACUGAGCUGGAACUUCUGCCCCCGAGAGCCCUAGACCAUCCUUGCAUCAAAUAUGCAGUGGAGCUUGAGCAAUCCUUUAUGGAAGGUACCUACAACCGAUUAACUGAUGGUCGACAAGCUGUGCCACAUGAGACAUACCUCUACUUCAUGGACCUUCUUGCUGAAACUGUUAGAGAUGAGAUAGCUGAUUGCAGUGGUCAGGCAUACGAUCACUUGCCAGUGGAUGAUACCAGAAAAAUGCUGAUGUUUUCCUCUGAGCAAAAGCUUCUGGAGUACAUAUCAGAGAUACAACAUGAAUGGGAGGUUCAGAAUCAUUCGGUCCUUUUCCACAUGGCGAAGGUCCAACCCCGUGUCGGCAUACAAGCGCAUCAGAUGAUCAAGCGAUCUCUUUGCUACGCACGGGAGCUCGAGCGGAUCGUGUAAUCUGCGAAACACUGUGGAUGUUGUCCGAUGAGCGGAUGGUAUAACUUGCAAAGCGAGGUGGAUUUUGUCCCAUGUAGGUAGUCCGUGAUAAUAGUAUUUUGUCCCACGGAACGAUCGGUCUAGAUGAUAUAUAGUCAUGUCUCGUGAUAUGCGUUCUCCUUGCCGAAAUGGUGGAAUUUCUGUUAAAAACAUUGGAGGGGGACUGGUUGACGAUGCUAAAAACGAUGAGAUAUGUUCAGUUCCAGUAUGAUGCUCCCCUGCUGUGAAAUUCAUUCAAGUUCAGUUCAGUUGGAUAUGUUCAGUUCCAGUAUGA